AUGUCUCCAUCAGUAACAGUCCCAAUCGUGCACGAUCUCGCUCUCUCCGGCAAUGCCCCAGAAUCCGACCAGACAGAAGCCACUGGCCCUUCACCAAAUCUCUUCUCCCUCGCGAACCAGACCGUAGCAGUAACCGGCGGUGGUCGCGGCCUAGGAAUCACACUUGCAAUCGCCAUCGUCGAAGCGGGAGGCCAUGUCGCAUGUCUAGACGUACUCCCCGAACCCUCCCCGUCAGAAUGGAAGCACCUCCAAUCGCUCGCAAAGAAGACCGGCGUAACAGCCACCUACGACCGCUGCGACAUCACCAAAGAAGAUGAAGUUACCACUCUCUUCGCCACAAUCUCCUCCCGCGCAUCCUCCGCCUCCGCGCCCUUCUCCGGCCUCAUCGCCUGCGCAGGGAUCCAACAGACGACUCCUGUCGUGGAUUAUCCCAUCGCAGACUUCCAAUGCAUGCUCAACGUCAACGUGACCGGAACUUUCAUCACUGCGAAACACGCUUCCAGACUAUUUAUCGAGAACGGAAUCAAAGGCUCCAUCGUGCUCAUCGCUUCCAUGUCCGGCACUAUCGCCAACCGCGGUCUGGCGUGUACAGCGUACAACACGAGCAAGUCGGCUGUAUUGCAGAUGGCGCGGUCGAUGGCGCAGGAAGUCGGGCAGCAUGGUAUUCGUGUGAACACCUUGUCGCCGGGGUAUAUCCGCACAGCGAUGACGGAUGCGUUGUUGGAGAAGGAACCGGAGGUGGAGAAGACGUGGUUGGCGGGUGCCUUGUUGGGACGGUUGGGAGCUCCGGAGGACUUCAAGGCGCCGGCGGUAUUUUUGUUGGCGAGUGGGAGCUCGUUUAUGACAGGGGCGGAUUUGAGGGUUGAUGGUGGGCAUUGUGCGGCGGCGUAG